AUGCUCUACGCACUGCUAUGGGUCGCCUUGAUAAAUGUUCUACCUCUUCUCAUUGCCAUCGCAAAGCCUAUGGGCAUCCAAUCUACCAACUCGUUCCGCGCAAAGUCUGAGCGGGCUUGGUUGUGGGGCUGGGCUUGGGGAACAGAGAGCACCGUUUCCGUCGUCGACCGUUCUCCGAUACUUUCCUUUCCUUCAAGGCCAGCUGCUUUUGGUGCUGAAAUUAAUGAUCCAGUUCUCGGUUACGUUAUUCCUCUGUCGUCAUUCACGAAGCCUUGCACUUCCAACGAUAUGCAAGUACCAGAUAACAGUGGCUGCCCUUCUCUUUGCCUGAGUGGACCUCGUCAUCCAACUGAAGCCUGGAUUGCGCUGGUACAACGAGGAAAAUGCGAAUUCGUAAGGAAAGUACGUGAAGCUCAGAGACUUGGCGCAAGAGCAGUCGUGGUGGGUGGUGAGGAUCCAGAAGUCACAGGAAACCCCGAUACUUUGGUCAAUAUGUACAGUCCUGAAGACGCCUCUGAUAUCAAGAUCGCGUCCACCUACAUCAAGUAUUCUGACUAUAUGCAACUUUAUGGGUUAAUCCUAGCCUCAAAUACCACCCAUGGCGGGCUAUCCACUCUUUCCCUUCUUAUCACUGCAGAAUAUUCUGCUUGGGAAUGGUACUCGCCCAUCAUCACAUUUAUUGUUAUCCUUCUCCUUCCUUCUGCCUUGACAUUUAUAACUCUCGUUAUCCAUCGAAUUCGAAGCGCUCGAGCUGCGCAACGUGAUCGUGCGCCGGAAGAUAUUGUCAGAAACCUCCCCUGGAGAAUCUGGACGGGAACAGGAUGGGAGAAACACGAAGCAGGCGAAGAUGCUGAUGCCUUCCCUGACCGUGUCUCAUCGGUGGAUGUAGAUCUAGAGCGGGGCGUAAUCUAUGAGGAGCUGCCUCAAGCCAACGACUCUCCAAAUUCCCCUGAAGAAGACCUGAACGCGUCAACAUCAAAUGCAGAACCUCUUCCGGACCAACCCUGGUUUGAAAGCCAAGUCGAAUGUGCUAUCUGUCUGUCAGAAUUCGUCAAGGGCGAUAAAGUGCGAGUUCUACCCUGUCAUCACAUCUUCCAUCUACACGAGGUCGAUGAAUGGCUAAUUCAUCGGAAGAAACUGUGCCCUGUCUGUAAAGCAGAUGUGACCCAGCCUCCACCAGAAUUAGUCCAUCCACAUCCACCAGUUGAACACAUUGUGCACGAUAACGACAAUACGCCUGUCACAGAACGAACACCUCUCCUACGCACCGGCUCUGGGGAACAUUCAUAA